AGCAUUGUCAUUUAUAAUAUCUAACAGUUUUAUCUACUUUGACUUGUGGCUUAAAGGGGCAAUUUUGUUGUGGAUAUAUAUAUAUAACCACCUUUCCUCUAGUUUGACUUGUAGUUGAAGGAAACUAUGAUGCUAUACCUUGCUACCAUUUGUCUCCAUUUCACAUCUAACCAAUGCACAAUGCAAGAGCCUCUUCUCACUAAUGGAGAAACACAUUCACCAAGUAUACCAUUACUCAAGGAACAAUCUUUCCAUGAUCCUGCUCCUUCCCCGUCACUGCUUCAAUCAGGUUCUCAUAUCAUCAAUGAAUCCAAACACCCUUCUUUUAUUAACCUCAUAGCCAACUUGAGCAUCGCGAAAACGAAGAUCAUUCACCGCUCUCGUUCUGCUCCGUCCAUUUUAUUCACUGACAUGAAGGUAGAUUUUCAUGAGCCAUUUGAAAACAGACCUGCGUAUAAAUCAUCGGCUUUACUUGUGAGGCUGUGUUUCAUUAUUGUUUUAUUCUAUGUGGCUGUUGGUGUAACGAUGUACAUGAUAAGUGGGAGUUUUAAGGGAACUACUACAUUUAGACCUGUAGAUGCUGUGUAUUUUGCAGUGGUAACUCUGUCCACUAUUGGAUACGGAGAUAUCGUUCCAGAUACCAUAUUUGCGAAGAUGUUUACAUGUUGUUUCAUUUUGGUUGGUUUUGGAUUCAUCGGUUUUAUGCUUAAUGAGUUAGUAGUAUACAUUUGUGAUACACACGAGGCGUUUUUAUUGAGCAUGAUGGAUGAGAAUAGAUACAAGAAAAUUCUGACGACUUACAUGGUUGAUGAAGAGAAAGGAAGAAUGAGGAUAAGAAUGAAAGUUUGUGUUGCUUCGAUUGUUGUUAUUGUCUGCAUUGCUAUUGGAACGAUUACAGCACAUUUUGUAGAGGAUCUGAAUUGGGCUGACAGUUUUUAUCUUUCGAUUACUUCUGUCACAACGGUUGGUUAUGGAGAUUUUUCUUUCAAAACAUUAGCUGGAAGAUGUUUCGCGAUUCUGUGGCUUUUGGUAAGCACGUUGGCAGUUGCGAGGGCGUUUUUGUACCUCACUGAUUAUAGUCUGCAAAAGAGAAGCCGCGAGAUGGCGAAAAGGGUUCUUGAAAAGAAGAUAACUUUGUCGGAUUUAGCAGCUGCAGAUCUUGAUAAUGAUGGAUCAAUCAGUAAAUCGGACUUUGUCAUAUACAAGCUUAAGCAAAUGGGGAAGAUUACUGAGAUAGACAUUCUACAAAUUAGCAAACAAUUUGAUUCCUUGGACCAUGGCAUCUACGGCAAGAUCACCUUAGCUGAUCUCAUGGAAACUGUAUAGUUCAACUAUCUCAUAUGAAAGUGUAGACCAGUGCACGAGACCGGCAAUAUUCAGGACUUCGGACAUUUUGCAAACUUGUCCCGUGAGUGGCGAACCAGAAUCAGGCUUUCAGCAACUAAAACCUGUGAUCACAUCAUCAAGUCAUAAAGUUAACCUUAAUGUUGGAUCAUCUUUUAUUCUUUUGAAAGCCAAAGGGAAGUAUCCUACGUUGAAUCAAACUCC